GAGACUCCAGUAAGGAUGCAAUUGUGCUGUGAAUCCGUAAAUGGCUCUUGCAUAAGGAGCAGCUGGUCGAACAGCAUCCGUAUUUCCAUGUACAUCUUCAUGGUUUGCAUUAUUCUGGCCACAGUGGUUGGAAAUCUGACAGUUAUCAUCUCAAUAUCACAUUUCAAGCAGCUCCACACACCUACAAAUUUCCUGAUACUUUCAAUGGCUACAGUAGACUUCCUGCUGGGAUUCUUCAUCAUGCCUUGCAGUAUGGUGCGGUCUGUUGAGCACUGCUGGUAUUUUGGGGAGUUCUUCUGCAAGAUCCACACGAGCAUGGACAUUAUGCUGAGCACAGCUUCUAUCUUCCAUCUUUCCUUCAUAUCCAUCGACCGUUACUAUGCUGUGUGUGACCCUUUAAGAUACAAAUCAAAGAUAAAUACUUUUGUCAUCGUGGUCAUGGUGUGUAUAAGCUGGAUGGUCCCUGCUGCUUUUGCUUUUGGGAUGAUCUUUCUAGACCUAAACUUGAGAGGGGCAGAAAAGAUUUAUAAUCAUGUCCACUGUGCAGGAGGAUGUUUUCUCAUUUUUAGUGAAACUUCAGGUAUUGUGGCCUCCAUAGUGUCUUUUUACAUCCCUGGAUUUGUUAUGCUGUGCAUCUAUAGGAAAAUAUACUCUGUAGCCAGGAAGCAGGCAAGAUCCAUCAAUGCAAUUAGCAGGAAAAAAAUGCAGUUUGAAAUGAAGCACCACAUUUCAUUCUGCAGAGAAAGGAAAGCUGCUAAGACUUUAGGUAUCAUAAUGGGAGCGUUUCUCAUCUGCUGGACUCCAUUCUUCUUCUUUACAGCUACCAAUCCAUUUAUGAAUUACGUGAUACCUCCUGUUCUCAUUGAUGCUUUGGUUUGGUUUGGCUAUUUAAAUUCUACACUUAACCCAAUUGUUUAUGCAUUUUUUUACAUGUGGUUUCGCAGGGCAUUGAAGAUGAUUCUGUUUGGAAAAGUUUUUCAACAGGAGUCUUCCAGGACUCAUUUGUUUUCAGACUAA